AUGUGCACCGUCUGCGAUCUGGGGGCCAAGGCCUGCGGAGAGGAGGUGGCACCGCGUGGCCCAUGGAGCAGCUGUGCCGAGAGAGCAGAGAACUGUGCCCGCUUGCUGCCCGAUCCUUCCCGGCUUCGGGAGCGGGGCUCGCAGCUCCUUGGGACUGCAGGGCCUGUGCCUGUGCCAGGCCGCUGGGUACUGGGCGCAGGGCCUGACCACCACCGCUCCAGGGCCCUGCAUGCGUCCAGCAGCUGCUGGGCGCAGCGCUGGGGGGGCGGGCUGCACUUUGUGUCCCCUGGUCCCGAGCUGCCUUGCUGGGAGGUUGGGGCUUGGGCAAGGUCAGGGGUCAGCCCUGCGGAGCUCAAUCCCCUUUCCUGGGCUGGGACCAAUGCCCUCAGCGAGUGCAAGAACACCUCCCUGCAGCCUAGGACAGCGCUGCCCCGGGGCUCCCCCGGACGGGCUCCGACCUGGGCCGAGCUCCCCCAGGCUUCAAGCGCCUUCACAGGCAAGCGCGGGACGGACCGCGGUGGCCAGGCUGGAGGAGGGAACAGCCCCCGGGUGCUAACACCCUCCCCCCGUGCAGCCUGCUGCCAGAUGAUGGAGGCACUGCUGGGCCUGCUGAUCCUGGUCUGCAGCUCCGUGUCCUACGGCUCCGCGGGCGGCUACACUGGCAUCCCAGACCUGGGGAGCAUCUACUACUACCAGUACGGAGGUGCCUUCAGUGGCUUCAGCGGGCCGGAUGGGGUGCGUGCCCGGGAGCUCGACGCUCAGUUUCACCGCAUGAAGCUGCCCAUUGCCAGGGCCUCGAUGGCGGUGGGGGGGGCCCUGAUGGCCCUCACCCUCCUCCUGGUGCUGCUGGGGGCCCUGCGGCUGCCCUGGCGCUGCCCUGCCUGGCUGCUGCUGGAGUGCGUGCUGGACGUGCUGCUGGCGCUGGGCCUUCUGCCCGCCCUGUACUUCUAUUUCCACCAGCUGCAGGCCGUCUACGCCUCCCCGCUGUGCAAGGAGCGGGAGCAGCUCUACCAGAGCAAGGGCUACCAGGGGUUCAGCUGCAGCCUGCACGGGGCAGACAUCGCUGCCGGACUCUUUGGCUGCGUGGCGGCCCUGGUGUUCGCACUGAGUGCCGGCCUGGCCGUGCGGGGCUUCCGCACUGUCCGCCGGCUGCAGGAGAAGCCAGCACAUGCCUACGAGCUCUAGAGCAGCUGCGCUGCAGCCACGAGGACAGGGGCUCCCUGCCAGGCCACAGCAACCCGGUGCUGCUGUUCAAACAUGUGCCUCACCAGCUCCCCUCUCCUGUGAGACUGACCCUGGACCCUCUGCCCAUCAGCGUGGCAGCCUGGCAGACCCCUGCCUUGCAGACAGCUUGCUCCUCCCCUCCCCGGCAGCCCUGUCCCAGCCGGGGGGUCCAGCCCUAGCCUGGGACUCAGCUCUGCUUGGGGCUGGGACUGUGCCCCUCGCUUAACCUUAAAUAAAGGGAGCUGGAAUUCAGUGCCAGUCUGCAGCCUCCUCCCUGCUGCCUGCCAGCGCUGGCUCCAUCGCCCCUUCCCCUCACCAGGGCAAAGCAAGAGGGAGCUGGGGCCUGGCAGUGCCCAAGCCGUGUCCUGACCCCAGGCAUGCAGGGAGCUGGGCCUUCUGGGACGGUAGUUGUGCUGCAGCAGCUGCUGGUUGCAGAUGGGGCAAAGCUGUAGCUGCUGCGUCUUGCAGGCAUGGGGCCAGCCAUUGUUCCUGUGCAGCCAGGGCAUUGAAUGAAGGAGUUGGCAGCAGUGCCAGCAGCCUCGUGCUGAGCGCGCCAGCCAGCCUGGUGAGGGUGGGUGAGGGAGCCCCUCCCUGGGCACUGACUGGUGGGGAGGAGGGGAGUGGGCAGUGCUCCCCACCCAGGGGCCGGCCAGGCCUGUGCUGGGCAUGAGGCUAAUGGUUCAUCAGGUGCGGUGUUGACAGCGUCAAGGGUGAAGCUACCCCUGCUGAAGGUUCAAGUGGAGGAGAGGGGCCCGAAACAGCAGAGCCAGGGCUGGGCACCAGACUCCCCACAGCCCUGAGCAGCCACUGCCUCAUGCUGAGGGCAGCUGUGGGCACAAAGCACCCCACCUCUGGUUUGGCUGCAGUGGUCUCCCUGCUACCCAUCUGCCCUGGGCUUUGGGGGCAAGACCCGCCCUCCUUUACACCCAUCCCUGGCAGCCAUGCAGCACGUGGGUCUUGGCAACUCGCUCCCCUCUGCCUGGGUCCCAGGGAGCUGCCCCACCGCAGCCAGAGGCAAGGCUGUGC